GGAUGGCGCUCUGGAGUGGCAGGAGCAGUUGGUGUCCCGGGAAGGUUUCCGAGGCGAGGAAGCGUGUGCGCUGCACGUGCGGGACAGGACGGGCUGUUCCAUGCCUUUCCCGCGCCCGUCGAGGGGCUGUCUUCUGCGCUGCACUGGCCCCGCCCCCCCGGUCUGUGAGUGUGGGGUGUGACUCUGGAGUGCAAGGAAACUGCGCCCCGUGCCCCUUCCCUUCUUGCUCCAUGUUCCCCUCUCACACUCCCCCUGCAGCACAGAAGGGGUGAAGUAGGGAUGCAACGGGACUCGGGCCAGGCGCGCAGCGGAGGGUGCGGCUAUGCAGAGAGGGCCUUUGUUCCUGCGCCCGAGCUGGAGCUGAGCCCCCGGCAUGAGCAGGCCAAGCAGCUGCUGCAGCGAGCCCGCAUGAAGGCCAGGACGAGCCCUCUCCGGGCCAGCCACGACAUCCUUCCUGCCGCUGCCCAGGCCAGGCGGGAGGCCGGCGGGCGCGCCGCCCCAGAUCUGAAGGGCUGUGCCCUGAAGGACGGAGAGGCCCAGGCUGGCGGGAACCUGAGUGACUCCUCCAGCGGGGAAUCCAGCUGCGGGCAGCCCAGGAAGCGCGGCCCCUCCCCCUCCCGCGUGCGCUUUGAGGACGAGUCUCUCCGGGAUGCUGAAGUUCGCUAUUUGGAGAGGCUGCACGUGCGCCAGAAGCGGGUCUUGGACUCGGUGCUCCAGACUCUGGGCCAGAGCCCACUGCUCUCCAAGCCGGACCUGGCGGAUUACGUCAACGGGGACUUCCCCCGCGAGGAGCACGGGGGCAGCCGAGCCUGCAGGGAGCAGCAGGCCCUCGGGCUGGCCAGAAGGGGGCGCUGUGAGACGGCCGCGCUGAGUGCAGAGGGGAAGUGCAGAGCAUGCGGCUCCUACCUCGGUGGCUCAGCCGCUAAUCCGAGGGCGGACGCCAGGCCUGAUCGGGCUCUCAAGCAUCUACCAGAGAGCCACGGCGCAACUCAGGAAAACCCCAGCCCCGGGGAGCCCAGCGCUCCCCAGCAGGAGGCCAGAGGCAGGACGUUGGGCCCCAGGGGGUCUCCCCUCUGGAUUCUCCCCUCCCGGCAGCGCGUUCACACCGAGCGGAUCAGGGAGACGUACAUCGGGGCCGUCACGUACAUCGACGAGGUGGACUCCACUCUGGACAGCACCGACAACGAAAGAAACUCCAGCUUGAAGGAGACCCUGGUGCCCCAAGAGGGCCAGCCCGGGUCUGUGCCGGAGGAGCCGAGGAGCCAGCGUAGCCCCAGAGCACUUGCCAAGGCGGGACUCCGGGCCUUGUCCACCAACAACUGCAACAACACCCGGGCCACGCCUCAGCACGGUGGCCAGGCCGCUCCGAGCCCCGGAGAGCGGGCCCGGAAGGGCCAGGAGCCGCCUGCGUCGUGGGACGAGAAUACAGCAAUUUUUUGUGUGUGCUCCAUUUGUGUUCCCCUAGCUGCAGGUUUGAGGCUGAAGAACCUGCUGGCUUAUGGUUUCUGCCCAGUCAUCAAGCCGCAGGAUGCCCAGGGGGAGCCAAAGAAGCCAUCGGCCUCUCCCGUGAGCCGGAAAGCAGGGAGCUCUUCCGCCUUGGGGCUGAAGAAGUUCUUCUGCACCCUCAGUCAGAGCACCAAGCAGAAACUUGGCAGGUUCCGGUGCUACAGCAUGGAGCAGCUUCCCCCCGAGGUGCCUCCAUCCCCCGAAGCCAGGGCAGAGGCCACUGCCUGCUCUGAUCUGAAGAAAGCCCCUUCCCUGCAGUCGCUGCGCCUGGUGUCACCCUUCUGCCAACUGAGAAAAGCCUCUUCUGUACAGAACCUGCACUCUCUCCUGGGCAAGGCGGACCGGUCCGGUUCUUACCUGGUGGGCGAGCCAGGGGACAGCCAAGCAGCUGACCGGAAAGUGGGGGCCCCGCCCCGGCGUUCCCUCAGCGUGGAGGACAUUGGGGCCCCCGACUUGGUGCGAACAGUUGGACGGGUGGUAGAAGUCUUCCCGGAUGGAACCAGCCAGCUGGAGCUGCAGCGCCCCCCACAGGGCACUUUCGGGUUCCGUGUCUCCUCUGGGAACGGUCGCCCCGACACAGGCAUCUACGUCCAGGAAAUGGCCGACGCCAGCACAGCCAAGCUGUACGCAGGGCUCCUAGGCGUGGGGGAUGAGAUCCUGGAGGUGAACGGCGCCAAGGUCACCAGGCUCGGCCUGGCCCACCUCAACGAGCUGCUGUCCCGGGCCGACGCCCUGUCCCUCCGCGUGCUCAAGCAGAGACCUGCCCGGCGGUAACGUGGAGGAGGCCAGGGCCUGUGAGUGGCCCUGGGAAACCCGGUGCACCGCGGUGCUCAGAGGCCUUGCUGAUGAACAUUGGGGAUGCCUGUGGGGCCAGAGCCCUAGGCACAGAGCCCAGUUCCCGCUGUGAGGAGAGGCCUUGUGACAGGACCGAGGCCUGACUCCGCAGGCAGACAGCUGGGGGACUGCAGUGUUCGGAGGCCAGACUUUCUGUGCAAUAUUUUGUUCUCCCGCAUUUGACAGCUUGGGCUGGACGGGGGGGGGGGGGGCU